CCCCCAAACUCUUGAGGCAGGCACGAGCCCCGAGAACUCGGCAUUCCAUGGUGAUUGGGGAUUUAGGUCCGAUGGGAAGGCUUCUCACAAGAGGAGAAUACGGCCACGAUAUUGUAGACGAACUUCAACCAGUGGCCGGGGAAUAUGUCGUCGAUAAGCCAGGAAAAGGCGGCUUCUUUUCGACCACCUUGCACCAGCAUCUAGUUGACCGAGGCAUUACUCACCUCAUCGUUGCCGGCGUGACUGUGGAGUGCUGUGUGACCACCACAGUUAGGGAGGCCAAUGAUCGAGGAUUCGAGGCUUGCAUCCUCAGCGAUUGCACGGAUGGGUUCGUGCCGACCUUCAGGUCGGCGUCCUUAGAUAUGAUUCACUUCUCGGAAGGUCUCUUUGGAUUUGUGAGCUCCUCAAAGCCACUGCUCCUGGCGUUAUCGCCGCUCUCAGCUAGGAAUAGAAGCCAAGUCCCCGAAUGGACGGGUUCGAUGGAUAUGGAGGUGCUGAAGAAGGCCUAUGCUGCUGGUCUUUCGCCAGUAACCGUUGUGCAAGAAGCUCUUAGGAGAAUCGAAUCAGACAACCCGGAACACCCAUCUAUAUGGAUCAGCUUAGCGCCACGUGAAGAGCUGUUGCAGCGAGCUCAGCAACUAGAGGAAGAGAGAAACCUCCAUUUGCCUCUAUUUGGUAUACCGUUUGCAGUCAAGGACAACAUCGAUGUUGCCGGAAUAUCUACGACUGCAGCGUGUCCAUCAUUUGAAUACGUCCCGGAUAUGUCCGCUGACGUUGUGAAGAGACUGGAGUCCGCUGGCGCACUUCUUAUUGGGAAGACAAAUAUGGAUCAGUUUGCAACAGGGCUUGUGGGCACGAGAUCUCCAUAUGGAGUCUGCCAUUGUGUUUUCGAUCAUACUCGUAUCUCCGGAGGAUCAAGUUCUGGCUCCGCCGUGGCUGUCUCUCUAGGACAAGUCUCCUUUGCGCUGGGAACCGACACAGCAGGAUCUGGUCGAAUUCCCGCGGCCUUCAACAAUGUUGUGGGACUCAAGCCAACUAAGGGCACUGUUUCGACGAGAGGGCUUGUUCCAGCCUGUCGCACACUUGACUGUGUCUCUUUCUUCGCAAAAACGCUCACUGACGCAAGAAACGUGUGGCUCGUGUCUAAGGGAUUUGAUCCCAAAGACCCAUACGCACGAAGCUCACCACCAUUGGCUGCCUUGACUAACAGAUCUCUCUUGCACAAAGAAGGCACCUAUACUUUCUCAGUUCCUCCUCGUGACCUACUGAACGAUGUUCUCUCUUCUCCAUAUAUCAAACAAUUUGAAAAGACCUAUUCACUACUUCGAAGUCUGCCUCAUGCUGAAGAAGUCACAUUCGACUGGGAUUCUUAUCUUGCCGCCUCAGACCUCGUGUACAAAGGUGCCUUUAUUGCAGAGCGAACCGCCGCUUUGGAUGAGUUUUUAAAACAUGCAGAGAAGAAACCAUCACUUCUUCCUGUAACAGCCAAAGUCCUCGAGUCAGGCUCUUCCAUAUCCGCAUCCAAGGCAUUCACCGACCUCUACGAAGCACAACGGUUAUCAAGACUUGUGGAAGGUGAAUUCGAGAAAUGUGAUAUUCUCAUUCUACCUACUGCACCGAAUCAUCCAACAAUCAAGGAAGUGCAAGAGGAUCCUUUUGAGCUCAAUUUGAAACUAGGCAUUUUUGCAAGUGCUGUCAACGUUCUGGAUCUGGCGGCUGUUGCUAUACCAGCGGGCUUCAUUGAUGGUCUACCAUUUGGUAUAUCAAUUGUAGGACCUGCUUUCCGAGAAGGAUUUAUCUUAGAAGUUGCAGAGAGGAUCCAAGCACGGAUGGAAUGUGAUUUCUAAGGAACUGAGACAAGUAUCCUCUUAGAAAUGCAGAGCUCGGAGCAAUCAAGGUCCUUGGUGGGAGAUGUAUUCCUAUUAGGUGGAUUUACAUGGAGGGCGCGGGACUUCCGCGGACCAGAUGAACUAGUCUCCCAUUGCGACUUGUGGAAGUCGCAAUAGGAAAAAUGCUCAUUACUUCUCAAGGCGAAGGGAAGCAAACAGUAUACCGAACUUUCAGGCAAAUAGCCAAUUGUUUGUUUGACGCUAGAUCUAGCGGAAGGCUGACU